AAGCUGUACACCCACAUACAUAGGGCAUUCACUCAAGCAAGGGCAUAGGCCACAGUUCAUCAAUCAGUCCCUGAUGCCUCAUGCUCUGGCCUUUGUGGUCUUGAAGCGCUUCAAGUUCUUCACGCAGGCCUCUGGGAACUGAUCUAGCUCACACUGGCGCGCAGCGUCGUAGCCACAGACAAAAAAGGUCAGUGCCGGCGGGAUGUUCAGCUGGCUGGGGUCUCGGACAGCGUCGAAAAACGACUUGGCAUUCUUCCUCCAGGUCGGCUUUUUCGGCAUUUUCUUGACCACCGAUUUCGGCACAAGGAAAAACUCAUACCGAUGCUGCACAACAGAAGAAUGCGCCACAUUUUAUUGUGGUUACGCGUUCAACGCAGAGUGUCCAUGCCUGGUUGAUUGCUGACCGCUCCGUGCGAUGGUGAAGGCUUCUCAUACGCGAGGAUCUCACAGCCAUGCCAUCGGUGCUCAGCAGGACCGAGAUUGACCACCUUCCCCGUACAUGCUGAACACACACACAGAAGGAACACCACAGAUGCAAUUGUGCGUGUCUCAUGGACCCUUCCUCACGUUCUGGGGCUUCUUCCUCUUCUCCGCCUUCUUCCUUCUUCGGGGCGGCAGUGGUGGCGGCGGCUGUCGAGUUGCUGCCCGGGCCCAGGUCGGUCAGCCACCUGAUUAUGUGCGAGACGCCAGAGAAAGUUUGACCAUCAUCUGUCCUCUGAUGCAUUCGUGUGUGCCUGACCAUUGCAAGUAGUCAGAGUUGAAGAACAUGGAGUCACACCCAUUGGGCGAGUCCGCAUCAAGCAAGACCAGCGCGGCCCCCUCUGCGUCCUCUGGGAUCAAAACCUUCUCGGCAAUCUCUGCAUACCCGGUAUCCCUCGACAGCAUGAAGGGGGGCUUGAACUCCAGAUCGCCUGCGACUCUGUCGCAUGCGAUCAACCAUCCAUCCAAAGAUAGAACUGGCAUUGCAGUGACUCACAGACAGCCAAGGUUGUGGGCUCUACUGUGCACUGACUUUGUUUUGGCGUUGGCUCAGCUGCGAUGCGGCGGGAGACAGUGCGGUCGACGUUGAAGGCCGCAGCGCCCUGGGCGAUGGCCGCAAGGACAGCACAAGCGACGGAAAGGACCAUUGUGUGUUGGACAGAAAAUCAAUCCACUGCAGAAGAGGAUGAAGUGCCCUAUGCAGUCGAGUACUCGCCGUUCUGUGUGGAAAGGGGAAGAGGGGAGAGCAGCCCCUCGUCGAGAAUACGAGCUUAGAAAGUUU